GACUGUUUCACUCCCUGUAGACCUUCCUCCUGACUCUGUCGCAAACUCACUGCCUGCUCUUCAGUUCCACCGGGAGGCACUUGGGGACUGACACUGCCUCUGAACAGGUAGAGGGGUCGUGACCCGAGCGAGAGGAGAUGCCCAAUCAGACGGCUAAGAUCGCAGAGGCCAGGAUGGCCGUGGAGCAGCUGAAGCUGGAGGUCCACAUCGACAGGAUGCAGGUCUCCAAGGCUGCAGCUGAACUCCUGGCGUAUUGCGAGGAACAUGCCAAGGAGGAUCCCCUCGUAACUCCUGUUCCGAACGCCAACAACCCCUUCCGGGACAAGGGCAUGUGUGCCAUCCUCUAGAACAGCCUCACCUAUCAACCCCUCGCCAUGACAGAAUUGCAGAGUGCACCGUUGGAUUUGCAAGGGGCUUGGUUUGGGGACGUUGAGAAGCAGAGCAUCACUACACAUUUAUAGCAAGAGAGGAAUUCUGCAAUCAAGUGCGAUUAAAACAUGAUUGAAAAAUUAAAUAA